GAACAACCAACCAGGGCCCACACCUCUGUGCUGGCACUGAUAGGGUCUCAUUAGCUGUGUUUCCACAGAGAGGCUCUUCAACAGUUACUGCUCAUCAUUCAUUCUCCAGCUCAUCAAAGAGGGAGACAGUAUUAGCAACGGGAGAGCAGCUGAGAGGCUGCCGCUAAGGGAUCAGCUAUGCUCCGAGGCAUCCACACUGAUUUGUUGGUCACAGUGACUCUAAUCUUUUUAACUCAGACUGGGACUCCGAUCAGGGCUGAAAAUGAUUUUUCAUUAGUUACUUUACCAGAAAGGAGAGAAAAUUCAGAGUAUGUUUCAGAAUGUUUCUACGACAGGCACAACAAUUACUUUUGUGACUGGACAAGAAAUCAACAAACAACAGGGGAUGAUGCAGUUAAUACUUUAGAGAGUGGUCCACUGGGAAUGGAGGGGGAGGCCUGUCUGGAGUUCUGGUACCUAGCUGGCUCAGAUGUCCGGGCUUUGUUAAAAAGCAGCCUUGGUGAGGUUGAAAUCUGGUCAUCACCUGCAUUAACAGAGGAGACUUGGAGACACGUGUUUGUUCCCUUGAACGUCACCGAAGCAGGGACUCAGGUUGUAUUCAAGACGGUUCAAGCAGCUUCCAUGGAAGGACAAGUCACACUUAAACAAAUAGGUGUGAGGAGAGGCUCAUGUGGACCACAGUGUGAAUCCAACACAGAGUUAUGGACAGAUGAGUCCACUCGCUGCCUUUGCUCUGAUGGCCAGCUCUCCUGCUCUCUCUCUCAGUGCCCUCAGGGCCAAAUCUGUGGCUCUCAAAGAGGAGGCUCCACUGGGAUUUUCGCCUCUGGGACAUGCACGAUCCAUAGUGACACAGACUGCAGCACUUUUGAUGGAGUGCUGUUCCGCUUCAUGGCUCCCUGCUCCUAUGUACUGGUUAAGAGCUGCUUACCCAGCGAGGCCCCGCCUGCGUUCAUUGUGGAAGUGGUCAAUGAGCAAAACGGGAACUCAUCUCUCUCGACUGUACAGCAGGUUGUUGUGGUCGUGGGGCACCACAGAAUUUCCCUGAUGAAGAAGAUAACGCGCUGGGUUGUGGUCAAUGGAGUCUGGCAGAAGCUUCCACUGAACAUCCACAAUGUCCACAUCGAGAGUAACCCCGUUGCUGUGUCACUGAGAACAGACUUUGGUCUUUCAGUUUCAUACGACAGCGCUGGUGCAGUCCACGUCAAGCUGCCAAUCAAGUACUCUGAUAAAGUCUGUGGCUUGUGUGGAAACUUUAACCAACUCGAAGAAGAUGACUUCAGAACGCCUAAUGGGUCAAAUGCAGGAGAUGCGACAGCUUUGGCUAAGAGUUGGCAGACGAGGGAAACCAGCUCCUCGUGUGAAACCAUGCUGGUACCACAUCAGUGUGACCCACUGGAGGAGGCGGAGUAUGCCAGUGAGCUUUACUGUGGAGGCCUCCUCUCGAGUACUGGGCCCUUUUCCAACUGCCUUUCAGUGGUGGGGGCAGAGAGCUACUUCAGGGGCUGUGUCGUCGGCAUGUGCUCUACUCACGGUGACCCUGGAGUACUGUGUGAGACUUUAAAGGUCUAUGCUGAUAUCUGCCAAGAGGCUGGAGUGGCUGUACCUCUCUGGAGGAACUCUUCAUCCUGCUCCCUUCAGUGUGGUGAGAACAGCCAUUAUAACUCUUGUGCUGAUGGCUGUCCAGAUGUGUGCCGCAUGGAUAUAGUUGGCUCCUGUGGAAGCUGUGUAGAGAGAUGUGAUUGCGACCCAGGCUACAAACUCGAUGGGGGAAAGUGUGUCCCAGCAGAGGGCUGUGGGUGCUGGUAUGAAGGAAAACACUAUGAGAAAGGAGAAACAUUAAUGGAAGGAGAGUGUGUGCAGCAAUGCAAGUGCAUGGGGAAUAAUGAGUUGGAGUGCAAAGCAAUGCGGUGCGCAGACAGUGAGGUCUGCAAGGUCAAGGAUGGAGUCAAAGGCUGCUUUGCUUUCCAUCCUGUCACCUGCAGUGUGUAUGGGGAUCCACAUUAUAUCACCUUUGAUGGGUUGGCCUACGAUUUUCAAGGAGGUUGCAGUUACACGCUGAUGACAACAUGCGGAAGAGAAAGCACAGUCCAGUUCACUGUAAUCGGACACAACAUGCAUCCCGCCCUUCAGAACUUCACCCGGUCCAAGCUGCAAGCUGUGUCUCUUCAGGUCGAUGAUCUAUACCUCAACCUGAAUACGAGUGGAGAAGUCUAUGUGAAAAACAACUCUGUUGGAAUCCCCUAUUUCACCAAUGGCACAUAUGGCUCAGUAUGGGUUAAUAGGUGGAAUAACUAUAUUAUCUUGGAGUCAACCUUUGGCCUCAGGAUUAUGAUAGAUGGGGAGAACAGGCUGUUCCUGCAAGUGGAUGACCGCUACAAGUAUGAACUGUGUGGACUGUGUGGCACCUACUCUGAACACCAGGAUGAUGACUUUAUAACACCAGGAGGCCAAAAUGCUACUGGGCCAUUUGAGUUUGGUGACAGCUGGAGACUUCCAGGCAGUGAUGAGUGUGUUGCUCAACCUAAUGAUCCAAGAGUCUGUGAUUAUGAAGAGGAGAAUGAAGCAUACAAUGAGUGUUUCACACUAGUAGGGGAGCCCUUCAAGCCCUGCCAUGAAAGAAUUCACCCAAGCAUCUACCUUAAUAGUUGCGUCUACGACUACUGUGACACAAGUGGUGACCAAAACACCCUAUGCGAAUCUCUAAAGUCCUAUGCUGCAGCAUGUGAGGUUGCAGGAGUGGAGCUGCUCAACUGGCAGAUGGACACUGCCUGUGCUGACCCCCCAACCACUGCAACACCUCCAACAAUUCCAACUGCUUCCUCUCCAACACCAGAUCAGAUUUUGUGUCCCAUGAAUUGCGACUUUGAAAAAAAUAUGUGUGGAUGGGAACAGCUUAUACAGGACAGUUUUGAUUGGACAAGAAAUUCAGGAUCCACACCAUCAGAUCAAACAGGUCCAAACCAAGACCACACCACUGGAGCUGGUUCCUACAUGUAUAUUGAGGGAAAUAGUGCGACACAUGGAGACUCAGCUCGUCUGAUAAGCUCAACGUGCCAUUUUAAUGGCCCACUCUGCCUACACUUCUGGUACCAUAUGUAUGGUUCAUCUUCAGCCAUGGCCCUCAAUAUCUUCCUGCUCAAAGGCAAUAAGGCCACCAAGCUUUGGUCACGGAUGAACAACCAGGGACCAGAAUGGCAUCCAGUAAAUGUUGAUAUUGAAGUGUCUGGUCCGUUCCAGAUCUUAGUGGAGGCAAUUCGAGGCUCUAAUGAUCAGUCAGAUGUGGCCAUUGAUGACAUUUCCAUCCACUUUGGCUCUUGCAAAGGCAUCUUCCCUGACCUGGUUAGUGGAACCAUACUUCCUUUCACAAUUGCAGAAAUACCUUCACACACACUCUGCGGUCUUGACUGCAGCUUUGACAGCAACCUUUGUAGCUGGAGUCAGAUGAUCACAGACGCUUUUGACUGGACAUGGAACAGUGGUUCUACCCCCACCCUAAUGACUGGGCCCUCUGCUGAUCACACUGGUGAUGGCCACUAUCUUUACAUUGAGGCCAGCAGCGUGACACAUGGCGACACAGCUCGUCUUAUCAGUUCUGAGUGUUCUGACUCUGGACCUCAGUGUCUGCAGUUCUGGUACCAUAUGCAUGGUUCUGCAGACACAAUGGGCCUCCAUGUCUACUUGCUCCAGGAUAGAUUAGCCAAUGCUGUUUGGUGGAAGAGGAAUGAUCAAGGAAAUAUGUGGCAACUGGCUCAAGUGGACUUCACAACAACUGGAGCCUUCAAGAUCAUCAUUGAGGGACGUAGAGGCUCCAAUGAAGAGUCUGAUGUUGCUAUUGAUGAUGUAAUGCUUCAUCAUGGUCGGUGCGCUGAUCUGAAUGAUGUUGUGACAAAUCCUCCUGUACCAGAGGGGAACACCACAGCCCCUGCACCAACCUCCACUCGAGAGCCUCCUCUAGUCUCCUCAACUGUUAAAACUGUCACCUUACCUCCCAUAGUAGAAGCAACAACCCACUUAGUUACUGUUAACAAUGUUACUGACGAUUCAGAUAAUGGCUCUCUUCCACAACCAGUAUGCCAGCUCCACUGUAAUUUUGAACAAGACGUAUGUCAGUGGAAACAACUUCUUACUGAUGUUUUUGACUGGACUAGACAUAGUGGCGCCACUCCUACUAUGAUGACUGGGCCUUCCUCGGAUCACACCACAGGAGAUGGCCACUACCUAUACAUUGAAGCCAACGGGGUGUCACAUGGAGACACAGCUCGUCUCAUUAGUUCUGAGUGUGUUAACUCUGGUCCUCAGUGUCUGCAGUUCUGGUAUCAUAUGUAUGGUUCAGCCGAUACAAUGGGCCUCCAUGUCUACUUGCUCCAGGAUAGAUUAGCCAAUGCUGUUUGGUGGAAGAGGAAUGACCAAGGAAAUACUUGGCACCUGGCUGAGGUGGACUUAACAACAACUGGAGCAUUCCAGGUGAAUCAUUUUGAGGGUCGAAGAGGCUCAAAUGAUCAGUCUGAUGUGGCUAUUGAUGACGUGUCUCUUCAUUAUGGCCACUGUGCAGACCUGGCUAAGCCCGUGACCCCUGCUCCCACAAUAUUUGAGACCCCAGCAACAGAAGGUCCAGAGCUUCCUUUUGUGAACAGCACAACUGCUACACAGCCACAGACAUCAACGACCCAACAACCUUCAACAAAUCAAAGUACAGCUAAGCCCCAACCAACAACAGAGAACCCACAACUUGAAACUUCAUUGCAACCAAAACCUGAAAACACAGAACAACCCCAAACCACAACAUGGACAGAUCAGCCAGCUACAUCAACGAAUGAAUCCCAAACCACAGCUAGACCCCCCCCAGUAACAACAGAGUACCCAGCACUCGAAACUUCAGAGCAACCAAAUCCUGAAAUUACGGAAAGACCAGACUCUACAGAUAGACCUGUAAAUCAAACACAGACACAACCAACUGCUCAGCCACAGCAACCAACAACAGAGGGACAUCUACCUCUAACCUCAGUAAAACCACAACCUCCAAGCACAGCUCAGCCACAACCACCAACAACAUCUCAACCACAGCUACCAACAACAGUUAAACCACAACCGCCAACAACAGAUGGACCUCAACCUCCAACCUCAGUUAAACCACAACCUCCAAGCACAGCUCAGCCACAACCAACCACAACAGCUCAGACCCAGCCACCUACAACAACUCAACCACCAACAACAGCACAGCCACAGCUACCAACAUCAGUGAAACCCCAACCCCCAACAACACAAUCACCUACAACAGCACAGCCAGAAGCACCAACAACUGUGAGACCACAACCUCCAACAACAGCUCAGCCACAGCCACCAACAAUGAAACCACAACCGCCAACAACAGGUGGACCUCAACCUCCAACCUCAGUAAAACCACAACCUACAACCACAGCUCAACCACACCCACCAACAACAGAGGGACCUCAACCUCAAACCUCGGUAAAACCACAACCUCCAAGCACUGCUCAGCCACAACCUCCAACAACAGCUCAGCCACAGCCACCAACAUCAGUGAAGCCACAGCCACCAACAUCAGUGAAACCACAACCCCCAACAACAGAAGGACCCCAACCUCCAACAACAGCUCAACCACAACCACAAACCACAGCUCAACCGCAACCUCCAACAACAGCUCAGCCUCAGCCCCCAAUAACAGAUGGAUCAAAACCUUCAACAACUAGUAAACCAAAUCUCACAACAAGUAAACCAGGGAUUCACACGACAGCUUCAUCACAAUCAACGACAACAACCAGACCAUCAAAUACACCUGUACCAACCCCCUCUUGCCCUGAGGAUAGUCAUUACACUACUUGUGUCCCAUCCUGCAGUCCAACUUGUUCAUCCCUGAAUGGGCCACCACACUGCAGUGAAAAUGAGGGUUGUGUGCAGGGAUGUGUAUGUGAUGAUGGAUUCGUGCAGAAAGGCAGGGUUUGUGUGCCUAUCCAACUGUGUGGAUGUGUUGACAGGAAUGGCAACAAACGCCAGUUCAGUGAAGAAUGGUACACAAGUCACUGCAGUGAAAAAUGUAAAUGCAAGAAGGACAGUGGUGUGGGGAGAAUUGAAUGUGAUGACAAGGAUGAGUGUGAUGGAAAUGCUGUUUGCCUUCCAAACGAGAAUGACGAUUAUUACUGCCAGUCAACAGGCUUCAGUGAGUGUUCUAUCAAAGGGGACCCUGAGUACAGAACCUUUGACAGGUUUAAGCAUGACUUUGAAGGAAGGCACUCAUACGUGCUUAUCCAGACCAAGAACUUGCCAAAUAACCUUCAAGAAGUCUACAUCGAGGGCAUUAAUAGACGCACAGAGGAUGAAGAUGAUAGUCAUCAUCAUGAUGACAGUAGCAGUGAAGAAGACAACAGCCACAGAAUCAGGGAUGAAGAUGAGGAUGAGGAUGAUGAUGAUGAUGAUGAUGACAAGGAUGAAGAUGACUCCCAUAAUGAUGAAAGUGAGGAAGAUGAUGAACAAAACGGUUUAAGAGAGCUUAAAAUCAGAGUGUACAAUCACACUGUAGAGUUCAAGAAGAAGCGGAAGUUGACUAUGGAUGGAAAGAGAACCAACACUCCUGUAUCACUUCCUGGUCUCAGCAUUUGGCAGCAUUCCUCUCGCAUCUACCUGAAGACUGACUUUGGCCUUUCAGUGGAGUUCGAUGGACAAAGUGAAGCAGAGAUCAUUCUACCCAACACAUAUAAAAGGAAGGUGGGGGGCCUGUGUGGGAACUUCGAUGGCAGAAAGCAGAAUGACCUGAUGAUGCCGGAUGGCACCAGGGCCAGGAACGUUCAAGAGUUUGGAGAGAGCUGGAGAGUUUGAAUAUCAGAUAGAUCUUGUGUUGAAACUCCGCACUAAAAUAAAUAGGGUGGUUUGAGCACUUGAAGAAACAAUACUGAAGAAUUUUACUAUGAAAUGCACAUUGACUGAAUCUAUUACUUAAAAUAAUAAGAACAGACAUAUCCAUGCAUAUUUCACUUUAUUCAAGACAACUUAACCCCCAGUGCUUAGAUAAAAGAUAGCAAAAGAUAUAUCAGUGGAAAGACCUCUCGAAUGUAAUCACAUUAUUCAAGGACUUGAAUUGUUUCAACUAGAGUCUGUUUUGUAGUUUUCAAGUAAAUUUAGAAAAAGUUACUUAUCUCUUUGUGUAUAGAGUCUUUGUCUUUUUAAAGAUACUUUGCACUCUGAGCAUAAACUGUAUCUUCGGUACAGUUUGUGUCUUUGCCAUAAAUACUAUUUAUUCAAUAGAUGAUGUUAUUACUGUUGUGAAUACACUGCAUGUCUGUUUUACAAAGUAAUGGCCGUGUUGAGAUGAAACAAAUGUUUCACUGUGUUAAGAGAAAGAUAAUUCAUGACAAUGAAGGAUUUUCUAUCACUAUCUAAACUAGUCGGAAAUACAUUCAAUGCGCAAUAAACAAGUAAUCAAGAU